UUGAAAACAAUCGUAAAUCUUUACAAGAAAGGCAUGAGAUACAAUUGUGGAGAUUUAAUUUUUUGAAAAAAAUUCAUGAAUACCGUGAACAAGGCCGUCCCAUUAUAUAUACAGACGAAACCUAUGUGCUAACCUCGCAUGUACGUCAAAACACGUGGAAUUUAAAAAUGCUAGAUACUAAGACAAAAGACAAGUCAUUUAAAAAAAAGUUGAGUACCGGUGCUCGUUUUAUUAUAGUGCAUGCAGGUAGUAGUAGUGGAUUUAUUAAAGAUGUUUCGUUAAUAUACAAAGCAUCAUCCACAACUGGAGAUUAUCACUCUAAUAUGAAUUUCAAUAAUUAUAACAAAUGGCUGAAUGAAAAGCUGCUGCCAAAUUUACCAGAUAAAUCUGUUAUAGUGAUAGACAACGCAUCCUAUCAUAAUACUCGAAGUAGUAGUAUACCUACGUCAAAUUCGCGCAAGAGCGACAUGCAAAAGUGGCUGACGGAACACGGUAUUCCUUUCAAUGAACGGUCCCGCAACGUAGAAUUGUAUGAUUUAAUAAUCAGAAAUAAGCAGCGUUUUAUUUCAUAUAGAAUUGACGAGAUAAUAAAAAGCAAAGGUUUCGAAAUUCUUCGACUGCCACCAUAUCACCCCGAGUUAAAUGCCAUUGAAAACAUCUGGGGUAUUUUGAAGAAUAAGAUUGCCUCGAAAAAUAUUGGUCAAAAUAUGACAGAAGUACAAAAUUUAAUAGCUGAAGGUUUAAACAGUAUCGAUAACAACAUCUGGUUUAAUACAUGCAAGCAUGUCGAAAAAAUUGAAAAGGAGUAUAUGAAAUAUUUUGAUUAUGACUUUGAAUUUAUAAUUAAUGUGGGUGAAUCAAGUGAUAGCAGCACGACUGACUUUGAAACUAAUAGCGACAGUUCCGUAGAAGAUUAAUGCGACACAUUUUUCACAUUCGUAAAAAUAGAUGGAAGUUUGUUAUUAAAUAGUUCCAGCCUAACCUUAUUUUCAUAAUUUUGCCAUAUCUUGAGUUCA